AUGCCGCCCCUCCCUCCGUCUCCCCUGAAACUUGCUCACCGCCACCCCUCAAUCAUGGACGACUCACCUAUCUCACCGGGAACACAAGGAGUCAAUGGGUUCCCUCCUUUAAGUCCCGGCUCACCGCGAACUCCCCGUUUGUCCGCUCCGCCAUCGCCAAUCAUGCCCCGCCAGAACCUACAAGGUAUGAACGGGUCACAGCGAGAGUCUAUAGACUUCUCCGCUGAUACAGGAGGCGGGGGUGGCCUGGGAAACCUUGCCGAUGAGUUGGCGGAUGCCUGGGAACAGGAAGAAGAGGGAUACGGGUACGCCUCGGGACAGGAGAAUGUCCGGACAGGGUCCCAACAAAUGGAUCACAGCGACGGGGAGGAUACAUACAUGCAAUCUGUCCACGAUAUGCGUUCCGGAUCGCCUGGGGUAGACUCGCCUGCCAGAAACCGUCUACGGGCUCCUCAUCUGCGGCAACACCGGCGGGCAGAAUCACACUAUGAUGGCUCAGACUAUGGAAACGACUCCGAUCUCGACGAGACCUCGGAUAUCUCCCCCGCUUUGGAGAGUCAGAUGGCAGAUAUCGAAAGCCUCGCGCGGCGGGGCAUUGAGAAUAACGGGAGUGAAAAUGACCAUGUCAUCCAGCGGACUGUCGAGGCACUCCGGGAUCUUGGUGGACAGAGUGGGAUCGAGAACAGUGCCAUGCGACUCAUUACUGCCCACUCCUCUAUUACAUCGCACCUCACCCACCAAACCCGCACCCUCCAGUCUCUCAUCCACCCACUCCUCUUCUCGCCAUUCCCCCUCCUCUCCGAAGACGCCGUUGACUCUCUUAUGCCCCUGAUUGACGAAGGCCUCUUGCCAAAUCUCCCAUAUCCAUUCAUGGAACAGACUCGCCGCGACUCUAGGCCAUCUACACCCUCCCAACCUUCGACCAAUCCACUUGUCUCCUUGCAGGCUCUCAUCUCCCAAACCUCCGACAUCACCCAUUCUCUCCGCGGUCUGAGCGACACUCUCUACGAGUCCCGCCAGCUGACCUCCACUGCAUCACGACGUCUCCGAUCUGCCCGCGAACUCGUUGCCGAUCUUCGACGCGAGGAAGAAAGUCGCGAGGAGGGCUCACGUUGGAUCGAAAUCGGCGACUGGGACCGCCGGUUGAAGGACCGCGAAGCAGGCAAGGAGUGCGCAGAUGUUGUCGGUGGUUUCGAGGCCGUGUGCGGUGAAUGGCGGGAAAAGCUGUUCGGGGCUGGCGCCGAAGUAGCUGCGGCAUAA